CAGACCUCUCCGCCGGAGGCUGCAUGGACGAAGCCGCUUGAUAGUAAAACGGCAGAUACUGUAACAGUGAAAUUGAUGAGAGGAGUUACAGUGUGUGGGCAACAGCAGUUCAUUAUCAGCUGCGUGGUGCGAAGAGAGAGAGAUAACCAUCCACAUGACGGUGUGAGUGAGGAGCGUCUUGGAUUGACAGAGAGCGUCUUCUUCAAGGAGGAGAGCCAGGUGAAGACGGAAGGAUCUGUCUCCUCAUGCCGACUCGACACAACUAAAGGCAGAAGACAAGCAGGUUUCCCACGAGACCUGCCUCCUGGACCAGGUGCUGGAGCUGAUUAUGAACGAGAAGCCCCCCACCAGUGCUAGUCUUUUCCUAAACGAGGACACAGACAAACCCCCCCUUCCUGAGAGAGGAGACCUGAGGAGACGCCUACGCAGGGCCAUGGAGAGGAGAGCCAGCAGCAUGAAGGAGAGGAUGAGCUCCAUCAGUCGGGACAGCGUCAAAGGUUUCCUCAAGAGGAACCUGUUUGUUCUGUUCACUGUGGCCGCUGUGGCUCUGGGUGUAAUCCUGGGCUUUGCUCUACGCCCCCACAACCUGUCCCUGAGGGAGAUCAAGUACUUUGCCUUCCCAGGGGAGCUGCUAAUGAGAAUGCUCCAGAUGCUGGUGCUGCCUCUCAUUGUCUCCAGUCUGGUCACAGGUAUUUCCUCCUUGGACAGCAAAGCGUCAGGUAAGAUGGGUAUACGUGCAGUGGUUUACUACAUGGUGACCACCCUGAUUGCCGUGUUCAUCGGCAUCGUCAUCGUGAUGAUCAUCCGGCCGGGGAAAGGCAGCAGGGACAGUCCUGUGGCCAACAGUGGAAACAUAGAGCCGGUUCAGGCUGCUGAUGCUUUCCUGGAUCUCAUCAGGAACAUGUUUCCUCCCAAUCUGGUUGAGGCUUGUUUCAAGCAGUAUAAAACUGUGUACAAGAAGACUGUGCACACGAGAAACGUGACCGUGACUCUGAACCUCACCGAGACUCUCAACGUGACAGAGUCUAACCUGAGCGAGAACCUCAGCAGGGUGCUGCACACCAUACAGGAGACAGUGGUGGAGACUAUCCCUAUAUCAGGGUCUUCUAAUGGAGUGAACGCUCUUGGCCUGGUGGUUUUCUCCAUGUGCUUCGGUCUGGUCAUUGGCAACAUGAAGCAGCAGGGUCAGGCUCUCAGGGACUUCUUUGACUGCCUGAAUGAAGCCAUCAUGAGGCUGGUAGCCAUCAUCAUCUGGUACGCUCCAGUCGGCAUCCUGUUCCUGAUUGCAGGAAAGAUUGUGGAGAUGAAGAAUCUGGCAGAGGUGGGCAGCCAGCUGGGGAUGUACACUGUGUCAGUCAUUGUGGGUCUCCUCAUCCACGGCCUCUUUGUCCUGCCACUGCUCUACUUCCUGGUGACCAGGAGGAAUCCCUACAGCUUUAUUGGUGGCCUGCUGCAGGCGCUCAUCACUGCUCUGGGAACCUCAUCCAGCUCUGCCACCCUGCCCAUCACUUUCCGCUGUCUGGAGGAGAACAACCGCGUAGAUAAACGAGUGACACGUUUCGUCCUCCCCGUGGGUGCCACCAUCAACAUGGAUGGUACCGCCCUCUAUGAGGCUGUGGCAGCCAUCUUUAUUGCCCAAGUCAAUGACAUGGACCUAAACUUUGGGCAAAUUCUCACCAUCAGUAUCACAGCAACUGCUGCCAGCAUCGGAGCAGCAGGCAUCCCUCAGGCUGGCCUGGUUACCAUGGUGAUCGUAUUGACAUCGGUGGGACUGCCCACAGAGGAUAUAACACUGAUCAUCGCCGUGGAUUGGUUCUUGGACCGCUUGAGGACCACCACCAACGUGCUGGGAGACUCGCUUGGGGCAGGCAUCGUGGAGCACCUUUCCCGUGGAGAACUGCAGAGUCAGGAUGCAGAGGUGCGCAACUCUGUAAUCGAAGAGAAUGAGAAGCCCUACCAGCUUAUCUGUCAUGAAAACGAUUCACUCAACCACCGCAAGAGUGAGACGUCAAUGUGAAGACAAAAGCCUCAGGGUGGAAAUGUAUCAAAAGCAUUUAAGCUAGAAGGUUAGCUUGCAGUGGGGCAGGAACAGUCUUAGAAAAUAAUGUUCAACUCAGCCAGUGCUCGAGGUUCAAAGAUCAUUUUUGCAGUUACAGAUAAAAACUCACAUCUUUCUUUCAAAUGAGGCACAUGAAAAUUCAAACCCUAGCCAGGGCGAAAUAAGUACCCAUGUGGUUUAGGAAAACAUUACAUAUCCAAUGCCUACAGAUUUAAAGGGAUAGUUUGUAUAUUUUGAAGUGGGGUGUUAUGAGACAGUUGAUGUAUUACGUGCAGUAGAUGAUGGUCUGCGUGCUCCCAGUUUGGAGAACCGGACGCGCUAAAGGCAGUAAACAGACUGCAGACGGGACCUGUCACAAAACAUUUUAACCAUCUAAACAAAGGCCCAGCCUGAACAUGUUUAACCGCUUAUGUGUACACUGUAUUCACAAAUGUCCACCGAUUUUUUUUGCUAUCCACAGCCGUUUCACUCGGCCCUACUUUUUCUCAACCGCAGAACAUCCAUGUCCCUACACAUAACUGCAGCAGAUCGGCUGUUUAAAAAGUCCUCAGCUUCACCAUGUUUUCAAAGAUGGCAUAAAAUGUGUUAAAAUUAUGUUUCCCCACCAUGGAAAAAACUUUAGGGUUUAGGCAUUAAAACUACUUGGUUAUAAGGAAGUUUGUCUCUAACUUGCAUACAAAAGAUAAAAACAAACAGCCAUUUCCUGGAUGAAAGUCUUCUUUGACCCAUUCAUCCACCCUGACCUUUUCCCUACCCUGAUUAAAAAUGAUUUCUGUUGAAUCUGGGAAUUCGUGUUUACCCCACAGAUGCUAAUUGGACUUCCAUAGACAUUGUUUCUGUGAUGCUUUUAAGAGGUUGUUUGCCAUUUCACGUAUUUUAAUGAAAUCAGGUGGUUUAUGAUCCAUACAGUGAAGCAGCAUAAACUCCUCACCAGCAGCAGUGUCAGAGUACACAGUAUUGUUGUAGACACACGUCAUAAGUAAAAGUAAACCAGCGGAUUUCCACUCAUGUGAAUAUGUAUAUCUGUAUAAUUUGGCUAUUUCUGUUGCAUGACUUCACACUAUUAUUUCUUUUGUAAACACUUUCUCAUUACAACUACCUCUAAUAGGACUAAAUAUGAAGCUUCUUCAGUGCGUCACACAGAAAUACUCAAUGGAGCAUAGCAGCAGAUUUUAAAUGCAUCAGUCUUAUCAUUGUUUGGAAUAUUUCAUAUGUUAUUUAAGUUUGCUUGCACAAUUUAAUUACACAAUUUUGAAUAUACUUGACUGUUAAACACUGGAUGAUGAUGUGAAGGAGUAUGUUUAUUACUUAUUAUUUUAAUGUUGACAUUUUUCUAGUGUCUUAGUAUAUUGUUUUUUACUCAGUGGAUUCUUAUGAAUAUUAUAUAGGUGUGUAUUUCCUGUAUUUCUUUGGUGCUAUUGCUUUGAAAUCAUGGGUAAAGGACUGUACUGUGACACAAUAAUGUCACAGGAAUAUCUGCUCUACCAACCCUUUUGAUCUUUAUCUCUCUUUUUUUAUUGCAAGUCAUUAAAGUUGAUGGAUUUUCUUUUUUUUGACCGUUUUUCCAUUUUAAAGUUUUUUUUUCUUGGAAUGUGUAAUUUGACUUUUUUUUUUUAGAAUACUAAUGUAUAAACAGUAGUUUUCUUCUUCAUUAGUCAUGCUAUCAAUAUUUAAUAUCGUUAUAUUUUAACUGGAAUAAUAUAUAAUUCAUGCAAGGAUUUAGUUUUUAUUGUUUUGUGAAAUGGUACUGUGAAGAACGUGAAUCCUGUGAGGAAUUUAAUAUACAGAUGCUUUAUGCUUUUUGAUGUUGAUUGUUCUAGAGGAAGGUAUAAGUGUAUAAUUAUGAAAGUUAAAGGUAAUCAACCUUCUCCUGUCAUCUGACUGUGUGUCACUUUUAUGUUCAUUAAGAGGUUUGACUUAAGUUUUGAGGCUUGAUGUUAAUUAAUUUUUGAUUGACAGCUUAUGAAAAAAAAUGUGACAAAUAAAUGGCUCAGGAAUUGAA